AGGAAACCAACAUGAAGAAUCAACAUCAACUACAGAUAAAGAGACAGACCAACAGAACAGAGAUCAGAGGAAGAGAAGACACAUAAGUCAUGUAAAAAGUGUGGACAGUUCUCACAUGUCAGCAAGUCAGUGUGACUCUGAUGUUAAAAAAAGCUCCAAGAAGGCGAUUUUGGUUAAGAAACGGAAACUAUCUUCAAACGAAAAGAGACCCUCUGUAAAGUAUGGUGAAAGGUCAAGAAUUGUUUGUAAACUCUCUGCCUUCACAAAAAAUGAGUCUGAUGACACACUUUAUGUCUGUACAGAAAGUGGUAAUGGUUUUGGUUACAAGUCUAAGUUCAGAAAGCACAUGAGAACCCACUCAAGAGAAAGAUCCUUUUUGUGUAAAGAAUGUGAUAAAAGUUUUAGUUUUUUGUCUAAUCUCAAAACGCACAUGAGAACUCACACAGGAGAGAAGCCUUUUUCUUGUAAAGAAUGUAAUUCAAGUUUUCGUCAAACGUCUCAUCUCAAGUCACACAUGAGAACUCAUACAGGACAGGAACCUUUUUCUUGUAAGGAAUGUGAUAAAAGUUUUAGUUGUGUAACUACUCUCAAAAUACACAUGAGAACCCACUCUGGAGAGAAGCGUUAUUUGUGUGAAGAAUGUCAUAAAAGUUUUAGUUAUUCGUCUCAUCUCAAAACUCACAAGAGAACUCAUACAGGAGAAAAGCCCUUUUCUUGUAAAGUAUGUAAAAAUAGUUUUAAUCAAAUGUCUGGUCUCAAAUCACACGAGAGAAUUCACACAGGAGAAAAGCCUUUUUCUUGUAAAGAAUGUAAAAAAAGUUUUAGUAAAACAUCUAAUCUCAAAACACACAUGAGAAUUCAUACAGGAGAGAAGCCUUUUUCUUGUAAAGAAUGUGAUAAAGGUUUUAGUGACAGUUCUGGUCUCAAAAAACACUUGAGAACUCAUGCAAGAGCGAAGCCUUUCCCUUGUAAACAAUGCAAUAAACGUUUUAGUCAAAAUUGUAGUCUGAAAAGACACAUGAGAACUCAUACAGGAGAGAAGCCUUUUCCUUGUAAAGAAUGUGAUGAAAGUUUUAUUGACAUUUUCUAAUCUCAAAAGACACAUAAGAACACAUAAUUCAGCUAUCAAAGCAACCUGAUCUUUCAUUGAAUGAACACUGGCUGAUAGCCUCCAUACCACAUUGAUGCAGUUAUUCGGUUAAAAGGAGGCAGGAGUAAUAAUUGAAAGUAUAGAAGUGAACAGUGUUCUGAAAUGAGUGCUGAAAACAUUCUUUUUUAUUCUGAUUUAAUAUUCAAAUUUUCAAGGAAAAAUAAAUAAAUUAUUUUAUAGGUGUUUUUCAUCUAUAAGCCACCAUGAUCACAUAUCUCAAAUAAGUAAGUAAGUAAGUGUAAUUAUACUAAACAUAAUGAGUUUCACUUUUUAAGAUUUUUAACUUCAUGAAAUUCAGUCUUUUAGAUAUACUUCUUAAUAGAAAUGCGUUUUUUUGAAUUAUGAAGUAAGAUUUGAUUUUUAAAGAAAUGUUGAUAGCGUUCAAUUUUUUUUCUUAGUAGAUUUUUGUACUUUUAUGAUAUUUUUAAAGUUUUGGAGUUAACCAUUGUGGUUGUUGUUUAUGUAAGGGACACUAGCAGACAAAGUGUACAUUAGUCCACGCCGUGGAAGUCUGAUCUGUUGCUUCUGUGUGCGUGUGCUUUAAGUGCUUUCAUUUCUGAUGAUGCACAUGUUUGAAGACCAUUAACCCGCUUAUACCAUGGUCACUUACAAAAGAAAUAAAUAUUCAAUCAGUUUUUAGUACUUUAUUCUUUUUCUUUUUUUAGGUAAGUUUGCGUUUUUCACAAAAAGCGGACUAUUUGUUGCGCGGUGCAGCACAUUGUCACUGUAAAAACGCACCGGCGGAGCCAGCACUGACUUCGACUGCAGCUGCAAAGGAAAGCAAUAUCUAUGCUUAGGCCUGCAC